AAGUUUGGCUCUUUUGCCGCGCCCGGCUGAAACCCCUCAGCCAUGGCAUUUCGUUUGCUGCUCUUAGGUUGCAUUUUCCUGGCACAAGCGGAGGAGGGAGACGAGGCUCCACCUAGCUGCCAUUUGCUGCAAACUCAUGUGGCCCUCAGCAGAACACAGCGCAGCAAUGAAACACUGAGCAGCAGCAAUGAAACACUGGCGGGCGUUUGCGUUCCCAAAGCUGACCUCACGGAGAAGGAUAGAUCUGAUCCAAUCAUGGACGUGUCAGCUCGAUAUGACCAAGAUGGCUGGUGCGUGUUUGGUUCGGAGGGGAAUUGGGCGAGAGAUUGCGCAGUUGCCCGCCGCACGCGCAAUGUCAACAACUUUGCUUUGGCGUUUGAGCACUUCUACUCUCAGAUCCUGAACAGUUCUUGGUCAAUACCAUUUACCCUGAAGCUUUUCGACGGUCGGACCCUUGUGAUUCGUGAUCACUAUUACCCAUUGGAUGACUUGUACUGUUAUGUGAACAACUGGUACGACCUACCGCGGGCUGAAGUUGUCAAGAAUUUCACCUUCCUCGAAGAAGUCUCGGACAAGUGGUGCAAGCACUUGGAAAAGAUUGUGCCCAAUUUCUUUGGAAUUUCCUUCAAUGACCUGAAGAACGAGUCCUUGGUGGAUGAGUCAUUUUUGGAGAAUUUGGAGAAGGAUGGUGCCACUUCAGGGGAUGUACCUGAGUGGGUGGUAAAUGGCAUGUACCUACAUGCGGCAGGGAAAUGCCUUUUGCGAGGAGGGAACAAAGGAGCAUUGUGUGACAUCGCCAAUUGCGCAGAACGUGCAUGCUUCGGUGAGGACAGGAGCACACUCCUGUACACAACGCGUGGUGAGUGCACAAAGGUAGCAUUCAAACAAUAAGUAAAGCAAUGUUUUUGGGCAAGGGCACAUUGGACCAUGGUCGCGCU